UGCUUGUCCCCUAAUUUACCGAACUUACGAAACUUACGAGUGAGCUUGUGCCUUAGGGUCCCCUCGUUUCUUUAUUCCCUGUGAGCCAGAUGGAAAACCCAGGGACUGCAGUUCCACCCGCGGACGCGGACUCACACGGUGCUGCUCUGUGCUGACUCCCCGCGUGUGGUUUGUUCGUGUCAGGCAGUGGUGAAAUUAGAACUCAGGCCCCUUUUUGUACCCUUCCUCUUUACGGGGGAAUAGCACCUUUAAAGGCUUAGAAAGUGCUUACUCUAAAGAGCAAGCUGUAUUCUUUCUCUCGAUUUAAGAAAAGAAAAUGCUUGAAACUUUUUUUCUAACUCAUCUCUGUGUCUAAAAUGGGGCCCAGUUUUUAAACGUUGCCCUUGAGUGGCUUUUUCAGCGUCUCUGUGGGCCGUUUUGGUCCGAAGAAAGGUGCUCGGCAUUGCUCUGCUGUUGCUCUUUUCAGCCAAUCCUUGGGGCACAGAGCCCAGCUGGGUGGUCAGAGCGGCCCGGAGUAUGGGUUUCCCUCCGAUCUUCAUCUUACCCAAGCCUCUCCUGGGCUGUCUCGAACACGGGGCUGACCCGACUCUGUCCCCUGUGGAGGUGGCCAGGCCGCAGGAGCUGAAAGAGCAACUGUAAAAAGUCUUCCUGUGCUCGAGCAGCGAGCCUGUGGGCCUUUGCUGGGGACUUCGUGGAGGGGAGAGGUGCGGGGCGCAAACACAACUGGUGUGUGCUGGAGUGCCCGCCCGCGGCAUCCGGGCUCCUGGUCUUUCUCCUGGGGGUGAGCACCAGGCUUCUGUCCUUGAGGGUGUCAGUGGGUCGCCCUUCAGGCCUGGGGUGUGGGCAGCCCCUGAGGACUUGGGGUACAGGGGGAGCGACCAAGCCUGAAAGAAGCCGGGUUGGGGUGAGCUCCCACCCACACGUACUGCCAGGAUCUGUGCAUCUAACUGUGCCCACAGUUGGUGUGUAGUUUGCAGCGAAAGGAACCGAUUGUUUUCAUUUAAAAUAAUCAAAACCUUUUAUUCCUGCUGUUUCUGGGCCUUCUGGGUCCAUUUUUGAAGGUUUUGUAGCGCUGAAGUGAGGCUUGCGGGUGGUGAUUUAGUUGAUGGUGGUAGAUCGGGUAGUAGAUGCUUCCAGAGAUUUGAAUGUCGAGAGUGUUAGGCAGAGGAGCAACAUGAGGGACCAUGCAGGCGUGGUACAAAUGAACUUGGUCCUUGGCCCCAGACCUUGUUUCUCCAAGCAAGCCCUGCUAGUCUGCCUCGAGUAUGGACUACACCCAGCCCCAGCCUCCGGCUUCCUGGGGAUUAUCGUUUUGUUUUCAUAACAGUAGCCAGCACGGCCCUGCUCCGAAGAGGAGGCCGAGCCCCAGCAGGACCCUUCCCUUGGUGUCCCUGGCCUGAGCCAGUGCCGUGCUCUGAAGCCCACCUAUGAGGCAGCUCGCUCAGUGACUGCAGGGCCGGGGCAGCAGCAACCUCCAUGGCUCCACUCCCUGCCGGCAUCCGCUUCAUCGUCUCCUUCUCCAGGGAUCAGUGGUACAGAGCCUUCAUCUUCGCGCUGACCUAUUUGCUGUAUGCCAGCUUUCACUUAUCUCGGAAGCCCAUCAGCAUAGUUAAGGGUGAGCUCCACAAGCACUGCACCUCAGGGGAUGGGGCCGGGCCCAGACCCAGCCACCAGAGUGACAGCGCCGGGCUCGCUGCCCCUCACCAGCUCCGGGACAACGGGAGCGCCUGCGGCUGGGCCCCGUUCGAUAAGGACAACUAUCAGCAGCUGCUCGGGGCGCUGGACUACGCCUUCCUGUGUGCCUAUGCCGUGGGGAUGUACCUGAGCGGCAUAUUAGGGGAACGCCUGCCCAUCAGGUACUACCUGACUUUCGGGAUGCUUGCCAGUGGAGCCUUCACCGCCCUCUUCGGGCUGGGCUAUUUCUACGAUAUCCACAGUUUGGGAUUCUACGUGGUCACUCAGGUCAUCAAUGGACUGGUGCAGACCACCGGCUGGCCCAGCGUCGUCACCUGCCUCGGCAACUGGUUUGGGAAAGGAAGGCGCGGUCUGAUCAUGGGGGUCUGGAACUCCCACACCUCCGUGGGCAACAUUCUGGGCUCCUUGAUUGCCGGCUACUGGGUGUCCUCGUGCUGGGGCCUGUCCUUCGUCGUACCUGGGGCCAUUGUGGCCACCAUGGGGAUUGUGUGCUUCCUCUUCCUCAUCGAACAUCCCAAGGACAUCCGGUGCACCUCCACCCUGACCACGCAUCCAAAAGCCUACGAGAACGGUACCAACAGAUUUAGACUCCAGAAGCCGACCUCACACAAUGAGAAGAGCAGGCCCCUGGACUCGUUCCAGGACCCGGAGAUGCAGUGCUUGCUGCUCUCCCACGGGAAGACCCCCAUCCACCCGAGCCACGUCGUCGUCCUCCCGGGAGACAGUGGCCAUUGCACGGCCGCCAUCAGCUUCACAGGGGCCCUGAGGAUCCCGGGUGUGAUCGAGUUCUCUCUGUGCCUGCUCUUCGCCAAGCUUGUCAGCUACACCUUCCUCUUCUGGCUUCCGCUCUACAUCACCAGCGUAGAUCACCUGGACGCCCAGAGAGCCGGUGAGCUCUCCACGCUGUUCGACGUGGGCGGGCUCUUCGGCGGGAUCCUGGCAGGCGUCAUCUCAGACCGGCUGGAGAAGCGGGCCUCCACCUGCGGCCUGAUGCUGCUGCUCGCUGCACCCACGCUGUACGUGUUCUCUGCGGUCAGCAGGAUGGGCCUGGAAGCCACGGUGGCCAUGCUGCUGCUCAGCGGGGCGCUGGUCAGCGGGCCCUAUGCGCUCAUCACCACGGCCGUCUCUGCCGACCUGGGCACGCAUAAAAGCCUGAAAGGAAACUCCCACGCCCUCUCCACAGUGACAGCCAUCAUCGACGGCACCGGGUCUGUGGGAGCAGCACUGGGCCCCCUUCUGGCUGGGCUCCUCUCGCCAUCAGGAUGGAGCAACGUGUUUUACAUGUUGAUGUUCGCAGACGCCUGUGCCUUACUGUUCUUGGUCCGCCUCAUCCACAAGGAGCUGAGCUGUCCAGGGCCAGUAGCGGGGAACCAGGCUCCGCUGAAGGAACACUGACCCGAUUCCGUUGGAGGAGCUGGGCCUGCCCUUCACAAACUGCUUUGAGCAGCAGCUAAACCAAGGACCCUUCUCAGGAGGGAUGACUUUCCUGGAGUGACACAGAACCAGGCUGAGAACUCCAGGUCUGCUCAAGCAGAUGGGCACUCGAGACAGCGGUGGGCAUCACAGGGCUGCUGCUGGGACUGAGAAACUGAGCCCAGACGGACACGACCCGCCCAGCCCCAGCCUGGCAGCCCUGUGUCCCCAGUCACCCUGAUAUGGUGUGUGACAGUGUGGAGCUCCCUCAGGUACCCCCAAAGCGAGUGCCGAAGCCACAGCCCAGCCAGCAGGAGCCCCCGCUAGGCUGCUCUCUCCUGAGAGCCCACACAUCCGAAGGAGGGCACGAGACGUGGGCACAAGGACACACCAGCUCCACACGGGCACUGGUCAGAAACCAGGGGUUUCUCCAGCUGGUCUGUUCUCGGUGCUGACUUGGAAACUGCAGCCGUCCAGCAGUGACCCGCUGUGAAGCCAUGCACUGGCAACAGGACAGAGGCACCAGGUGCAGCCAGAGCUCCUGGGCCCCUGCCAUCCAGGGCCCAUCAAGCUGCACACUAGGAGUCGGGUCAGGAGGCCGGAUGGGGGCCAGAGGCUGCCCCGAGACACGUACCAACCCUGGGCCGUUCCUAGAUACAUAGCCAUGGGGGGUUAUUUAUUUAAAAUGCAUUUUCUGUUAUAUGAAGCUUAAGAAAUGUAAGUGGCAUUUUGUUAUUUAUUAAGACAAACUGAAAUGGUUCUCUGGUUAUUUGUUUUUGGGUGUUGGAUCUAGCAAAAUACUUAUCUGCCCUUUGAAAUAAAAUGGGUUUUAGAAAAAAAAUUCAAGCAAAA